CAGGAGCAUGGACUGAAGGCGCCCCGGCCCCAGCGUUCCUCUGAGAUCCUUUGUGUUUUCCUCCUGGCGUUUCUAUUUUGGGGGGGAUCUUCGCUCCCCCCGCCUCUCUCCUCCCCUUCCCCGUUCGCAAACAUGCCUCCUUCCUUCCCGGGGCCCUGGAAGGAGCUGCCUGCCUGAAGCCCGGAGACGCCGAGCCGCGCUCAGCCCUGCCGCCGCCCGCCGGCUCUCGGGCUGCGCCGCGCUGACGACUCAACUUGGGGAUCCUCGGCUGCUCGCCGCUGCCGCCUGCGGACCCUGUCGGCCCCGGGCCCCAGGCAUCGCGGCCGCCCGCCGACUCCUCGCCUUGCUCGCUCGCUUCUCUCCUUGAACGGAAAGCAGCCCUUCUCCGCCGAGGAUCGUCCCCCGCGUGGCUCCGCGUUCCGGUCACUUUUUGAGGUUUUUCUUGGGGACACUUGGCUUCCCGGAUUCCAGAGGGACUCGGACCGCCGAGCCUCGGGGGCCCGUAGAACGGGCGAGCAGGGGAAGAGCCCGGGUUUAGUGGAGGCUCACACGGAGGCGAGAACUUAUUCAACAAGUUUACCCCCCUGCCACCCUCUUUUCGAUGUGCGUUUUCGGACAUGCGGAGGUUACUGGAACCGUGUUGGUGGAUUUUGUUCCUGAAAAUCACCAGUUCCGUGCUCCAUUAUGUCGUGUGCUUCCCGGCACUGACCGAAGGCUACGUCGGGUCCCUUCAGGACAGCAGACACAGCAGCUCCUCACAGAUCCGCAGGCGCAAGGCCUCUGGGGACCCGUACUGGGCCUACUCCGGUGCCUAUGGGCCUGAGCACUGGGUGACGUCUAGUGUCAGCUGCGGGGGCCACCACCAGUCUCCCAUAGACAUUUUAGACCAGCAUGCUCGUGUCGGCGAGGAGUACCAGGAGCUGCAACUUGAUGGCUUCGACAACGAGUCUUCUAACAAAACCUGGAUGAAGAACACAGGGAAAACAGUUGCCAUCCUUCUGAAAGACGACUAUUUCGUCAGCGGCGCUGGCCUGCCCGGCAGAUUCAAAGCGGAGAAGGUGGAGUUUCACUGGGGCCACAGCAAUGGCUCUGCGGGCUCGGAGCACAGCAUCAAUGGCAGGCGCUUCCCUGUGGAGAUGCAGCUUUUCUUUUACAAUCCAGACGACUUUGACAGCUUUCAAACUGCCAUUUCUGAAAACAGAAUAAUCGGAGCCAUGGCCAUAUUUUUCCAAGUCAGUCCAAGGGACAAUUCUGCGCUGGAUCCUAUUAUCCAUGGGCUGAAGGGCGUCGUACAUCAUGAGAAGGAGACCUUCCUGGAUCCUUUCGUCCUCCGGGACCUCCUGCCUGCAUCCCUGGGCAGCUAUUACCGGUACACGGGUUCUCUGACCACCCCUCCGUGUAGCGAAAUCGUGGAGUGGAUAGUCUUCCGGAAGCCCGUCCCCAUCUCUUACCACCAGCUCGAGGCUUUCUAUUCUAUCUUCACCACGGAGCAGCAAGACCACGUCAAGUCAGUGGAGUAUCUGAGAAAUAACUUCCGACCACAGCAGGGUCUGAACGGCAGGGUGGUGUCCAAGUCCGCCGUCCGCGACGCCUGGAACCAUGACAUGACAGACUUCCUCGAUAACCCACUGGGGACGGAAGCCUCUAAAGUCUGCAGCUCCCCGCCCAUCCACAUGAAGGUGCAGCCCCUGAACCAGACGGCGCUGCAGGUGUCCUGGAGCCAGCCCGAGACCAUCUACCACCCGCCCAUCAUGAACUACAUGAUCUCCUACAGCUGGACCAAGAACGAGGACGAGAAGGAGAAGACCUUCACGAAGGACAGCGACAAAGACCUGAAAGCCACCAUUAGCCAUGUCUCACCUGAUAGCCUUUACCUGUUUCGCGUCCAGGCCGUGUGCCGGAACGACAUGCGCAGCGACUUCAGCCAGACGAUGCUCUUUCAAGCUAAUACCACUCGAAUAUUCCAAGGGACCAGAAUUGUGAAAACAGGAGUGCCCACAGCGUCUCCUGCCUCUUCGGCCGACAUGGCCCCGAUCAGCUCGGGGUCUUCGACCUGGACAUCCUCGGGCAUCCCCUUCUCAUUCGUUUCCAUGGCGACCGGGAUGGGCCCAUCCUCCAGCGGCAGCCAGGCGACGGUGGCCUCGGUGGUCACCAGCACGCUCCUGGCCGGCCUGGGCUUCGGCGGCGGCGGCAUCUCCUCCUUCCCCAGCACCGUGUGGCCCACGCGCCUCCCCACGGCCGCGGCGGCCAGCAAGCAGGCGGGCAGGCCGGUCCUGGCCACCACCGAGGCCGUGGCUUCUCCGGCCCCGGACGGUGACGCCGCACCGAGCAAGGACGGCGAGGGCACCGAGGAAGGGGCAAAGGAUGAGAAGAGUGAGAGUGAGGACGGGGAGCGGGAGCACGAGGAGGAGGGGGAGAAGGACUCCGAGAAGAAGGAGAAGAGCGGGGUGACCCACGCCGCCCAGGGCCGGAGCCAGUCCGAGCCCACCCCCGUGCCCUCGUCUUCCGGUAGAACUGCCCAGGACGGGGGGCAUCAGACUAUACCGGGGCCCCAGCGCGACCACACUGCCGUCCCCACGGACCAGCCCGAUGACACGAGGGGUGCCCGCCUGGGCGCCGAGUCGGUCACCUCCACCCAAGUGCCCCCCACAGUCACAGAGGAGCCCUACGAAGGGAGUGAUCGCAAGAGUCCCGCACUGCCAUCUAAAAAGCCCAUGUCCCGAGGGGACCGCUUUUCCGAGGACAGCAAGUUCAUCACUGUUAACCCAGCAGAAAAGAACACCUCUGGAAUGAUAAGCCGCCCUUCCCCGGGGAGGAUGGAGUGGAUCAUCCCCCUGAUUGUGGUGUCAGCCUUGACCUUCGUGUGCCUCGUCCUUCUCAUUGCUGUGCUGGUUUACUGGAGAGGGUGUAACAAAGUAAAGUCGAAGGGCUUUCCCAGACGCUUCCGUGAAGUGCCUUCUUCUGGGGAGAGAGGAGAGAAGGGGAGCAGGCUGUGUGACUCUGUCAUUCUCUUCCCAGAUGACAUGGAGGCCAUCCCGGUCAAACAGUUUGUGAAACACAUCGGGGAGCUCUAUUCCAAUAACCAGCACGGCUUCUCCGAGGAUUUUGAGGAAGUCCAACGCUGUACGGCUGACAUGAACAUCACCGCAGAACAUUCCAAUCAUCCAGAUAACAAGCACAAAAACAAGCACAAAAACAGAUACAUCAACAUUUUAGCAUAUGAUCACAGCAGGGUGAAGUUAAGACCUCUACCAGGAAAAGACUCCAAGCACAGCGACUACAUUAAUGCAAACUAUGUCGAUGGUUACAACAAAGCAAAAGCCUACAUCGCCACCCAGGGACCUUUAAAGUCUACAUUUGAAGAUUUCUGGAGGAUGAUUUGGGAACAAAACACUGGAAUCAUCAUUAUGAUUACAAACCUUGUGGAAAAAGGAAGACGAAAAUGUGAUCAGUAUUGGCCGACAGAGAACAGUGAGGAGUAUGGAAACAUUAUUGUCACACUGAAGAGCACAAAAGUCCACGCCUGCUACACUGUUCGUCGUUUCUCAGUCAGAAACGCGAAAGUGAAGAAGGGUCAGAAGGGAAACCCCAAGGGCCGUCAGAACGAGCGGGUGGUGAUCCAGUACCACUACACGCAGUGGCCUGACAUGGGCGUCCCCGAGUACGCCCUCCCCGUCCUGACCUUCGUGCGGAGGUCCUCGGCCGCCCGCACGCCGGAGAUGGGCCCGGUGCUGGUGCACUGCAGCGCUGGCGUGGGCAGGACAGGCACCUACAUAGUGAUUGACAGCAUGCUGCAGCAGAUCAAAGACAAAAGCACAGUGAACGUCCUGGGCUUCCUGAAGCACAUCAGGACACAGCGCAACUACCUCGUCCAGACGGAGGAGCAGUACAUUUUCAUCCACGAUGCCUUGUUGGAAGCCAUUCUUGGGAAAGAGACUGAAGUAUCUUCAAAUCAACUGCAUAGCUAUGUGAACAGCAUCCUCAUACCAGGAGUAGGAGGAAAGACACGACUGGAAAAACAGUUCAAGCUGGUCACACAAUGUAAUGCAAAAUACGUGGAAUGCUUCAGUGCUCAGAAAGAGUGCAACAAAGAAAAGAACAGAAACUCUUCGGUAGUGCCAUCUGAGCGCGCUCGAGUGGGCCUUGCACCGCUGCCUGGAAUGAAAGGAACAGAUUACAUUAAUGCUUCUUACAUCAUGGGCUAUUACAGGAGCAAUGAAUUCAUUAUAACCCAGCAUCCUCUGCCACACACUACGAAAGAUUUCUGGCGAAUGAUUUGGGAUCACAAUGCACAGAUCAUUGUCAUGCUGCCGGACAACCAGAGCUUGGCAGAAGAUGAGUUUGUGUACUGGCCAAGUCGAGAAGAAUCCAUGAACUGUGAGGCCUUUACCGUCACCCUUAUCAGCAAAGACAGACUGUGCCUCUCUAAUGAAGAACAAAUCAUCAUCCACGACUUUAUUCUGGAAGCUACACAGGAUGACUAUGUCCUGGAAGUCCGGCACUUUCAGUGUCCCAAGUGGCCUAACCCAGACGCCCCCAUCAGCAGUACCUUUGAACUUGUCAACGUCAUCAAGGAAGAGGCCUUGACAAGGGAUGGCCCCACCAUUGUCCAUGAUGAGUAUGGAGCGGUUUCAGCGGGAAUGCUGUGUGCCCUCACCACCCUGUCCCAGCAGCUAGAGAAUGAAAACGCCGUGGAUGUUUUCCAGGUUGCAAAAAUGAUCAAUCUUAUGAGGCCUGGAGUUUUCACAGAUAUUGAACAAUACCAGUUUGUCUAUAAAGCAAUGCUCAGCCUGGUCAGCACUAAAGAAAAUGGGAACGGGCCCAUGGCAGUGGACAAAAAUGGUGCUGUUCUCAUUGCGGACGAAUCGGACCCUGCCGAGAGCAUGGAGUCUCUGGUGUGACUGCGACCUGCCAGGCGCCUAAUUUGUAAAACUUCUGAAGACUGAGAACUUUUUUGAGGCCUUUUUUGCCAGACUCUAGGUUAUACAAUAACCCAGUUACUUUUUUACACUGAUAAAAGUUUUGAUAUUUAUUUUUUGCCAUUUUAUGUCUUAAUGGUAUCCUACUGAGCAUUUGCACCUCUGUUCACCCCCCACCCCCCGUGAAACGCAAUUUGACCUAGUUUGCACUAUCUGAUCAGUGUUACUGCCUAUAAUCUAAUACUAAAGCAAACCCUGGUGUGACAUUCCGUAACAACAUACAUGCUACUUUUUUAGUUCAGUACAGUGAAGGUCUUUGUUAUGACAGUGAAUCUUGGUUCUAUUAUUAUUCUUGCUAAAGCAGUUACAUUCUACUAGCAGGCAAUGCUGUGUUUUUCCUCAGCCCUCUUCUGCUAUUUUUUUUUUUUUUUUAGACAUUGUUCAAUGCUGUAUGCCUUCUAUAUUUUAGUGAAUGAGCAUUGUUUUCUUUUAAAGAAUAGCAGGUUGUUGGGAGCUACUAAGAAGGUCGGUCAACCUCAUGGCCUUGAAACAGUUCCUUGUAUGAUGGGGAAGACAUCGAUUAAGAAAUUAGAAGGUUUCAAAGUUGCUUCAUGUGAACAUCACCUAUUAGUUACAAACGUAUAUUCAUAGCUUAAAAAUGCCCAACUGUGUCAAAAUAAAGGAUAUCUCUGAAUUACGGUUUUCACAGUAGCUAUGUGGACAGUGUGUGUUAUUUCCAUCUGACUCUGAAAUAGCUCCACCCUAAAAGCAGGACUACCUUUUACAAUAGAGAGAUGGCAAUAUUUUACACAGCUCAGCUAAGAAACCCUUUAGUGACUCUCCAUUAAUGUUUCGUGGUUUAUAAUACCAUACCUCACGGCAGGUGGAAUAUGAAAAUUUUUGCAGGUGUGUAAUUUUGAAACUAGUCCUCUAAAAUUCCUAUUACUCGUAUCGCAAUCUAAUAAAAACUACCUAUCUAGUUAA